AUGCGUGCCGGCAGAUACCUGAACGUCAUUCCAGAUACUCAGUUCCUACUACAUUGUAUACGCGGUCUUCUUCCCAUGGUACAAACACCCCCAACAGAAACACAUGAAAACAAUAAGGAACUAGUGGGUAAAGGGAAUACACAGUCUCAAACCUGGCAUAAUGCCAACGACAACAUCAAUUCGAAGAAUUACUCAAGUCUUUGGCCUUUGGUUUAUUUUCUUUCAAAUUCAAUAACUAUAUAG